UGCCGCCAUGGCGGUGCCCAGGCGCUAAGGGAGGCGCUCGGCGGCGCCGGGACACGGGUGACCAUGAAGGUGGUGAACCUGAAGCAGGCCAUCCUUCAGGCCUGGAAGGAGCGAUGGAGCGACUACCAAUGGGCCAUAAACAUGAAGCGGUUCUUCCCCCGCGGAGCUACCUGGGACAUCCUCAACCUGGCAGAGGCUCUCCUGGAACAGGCCAUGAUCGGGCCAUCCCCAAACCCACUCAUCUUGUCCUACUUGAAAUAUGCCAUCAGCUCCCAGAUGGUGUCCUAUUCCACGGUGCUGAGGGCCAUCAGCAAGUUCGAUGACUUCUCCCGGGAUCUGUGUGUCCAGUCGCUGCUGGAGAUCAUGGACAUGUUCUGUGACCGCCUCAGCUGCCACGGGAAGGCUGAGGAGUGCAUCAGCCUGUGCCGGGCGCUGCUGAGUGCCCUCACCUGGCUCCUGCGCUGCGCCGCCUUCUACGCCGAGAAGGUGAAGGAGCCCCUGGAGCAGGCGGCGGCCGAGAACCAGCUGAAGAUGUGCCUGGAGCGGCUGGAGAAGGUGCUCAGCAGCACCAAGAACCGCGCCCUGAUCCACAUCGCCAAGCUGGAGGAGACGUCCUCCUGGAGCACUGUGGAGCAGUCCCUCAUCAAGCUGGGGGAGAACCUGAACAACCUUGGCACGUCCCCGCUGCGGAGCCAGGCUGACGACUGCGUGUCCCUCAUCAAGAGCAUCCCCACCAUGCUCUCGGUCCACUCGGAGCAGCUGAACAAGACCGGGUUCCCCACCGUGCACGCCGUGGUGCUGCUGGAGGGGACCAUGAACCUCACAGGGGAGACUCAGCCGCUGGUGGAGCAGCUCAUGAUGGUGAAGAGGAUGCAGUGCAUCCCCUCCCCGCUCUUCGUGCUGGAGAUCUGGAAGGCCUGUUUUGUGGGCCUCAUCGAGUGCCCCGAGGGCACGGAGGAGCUCAAGUGGACAGCCUUCACCUUCCUGAAGAUGCCCCAAGUCCUGGUUAAACUCAAGAAGUAUCCCCAAGGGGACAGGGAUUUCACCGAGGAUGUGAACUGUGCCUUCGAGUUCCUGCUCAAGCUGACCCCUCUGCUUGACAAAGCCGACCAGCGCUGCAACUGCAACUGCAUAAGCCUGCUCCUGCAGGAGUGCAGCAAGCAGGGGCUGCUCUCCGAGGCCAACAAGACCAACCUGAUCGACAAACGGACAGCGGACAAGGAAAACUCUCCGUGCUUGAAAUCUGCCGAGAAUGCCAACAUCCAGCCAAACCCAGGGCUCAUCCUGAGGGCUGAGCCCACUGUCACCAACAUCCUGAAGACCAUGGAUGCAGAUCACUCCAAGUCCCCCGAGGGCUUGCUGGGGGUCCUGGGUCACAUGCUGUCUGGGAAGAGCCUGGACUUGCUGCUGGCAGCGGCAGCAGCCACGGGCAAGCUGAAAUCCUUUGCUCGGAAGUUUGUCAAGCUGAACGAAUUCACCAAGCAAAUCACCGGAGAAAUCUCCAAGAGCGGCUCAGUGCGAGCCCUGCUCUUCGACAUCUCCUUCCUCAUGUUGUGCCACGUGGCCCAGACCUACGGCUCAGAGGUGAUCCUGUCGGAUUCGAACCCUCCAGGCGAGGUGCCCUUCUUCGAGACCUGGAUGCUGACCUGCAUGCCCGAGGAGGGGAAGAUCCUCAACCCCGACCACCCCUGCUUCCGCCCGGAUUCCACCAAGGUGGAGUCCCUGGUCGCCCUCCUCAACAACUCCUCUGAGAUGAAGCUGGUGCAGAUGAAGUGGCACGAGGUGUGUCUGAGCAUCUCAGCUGCCAUCCUGGAGAUCCUCAAUGCCUGGGAGAACGGUGUCCUCACCUUUGAGUCCAUCCAGAAAAUCACGGACAACAUCAAGGGGAAGGUGUGCAGCAUGGCAGUGUGUGCCGUGGCCUGGCUGGUGGCCCACGUCCGCAUGCUGGGCCUGGACGAGCGGGAGAAGUCCCUGCAGAUGAUCCGGCAGCUCGCGACCCCCCUGUACGGGGAGAACACGCUCCAGUUCUACAACGAGCGCGUGGUGAUCAUGAGCUCCAUCCUGGAGCACAUGUGUGCCGACGUCCUGCAGCAAACGGCCACGCAGAUCAAGUUCCCUUCCACGGGCAUGGACACCAUUCCCUACUGGAAUCUCCUGCCCCCCAAGAAGCCCAUCAAGGAGGUGCUGACCAGCGUGUUCACCAAGGUGCUGGAGAAGGGCUGGGUCGACAGCCGCUCCAUCCACAUCUUCGACACCCUGCUGCACAUGGGGGGGGUCUACUGGUUCUGCAACAACCUGGUCAAGGUAUGGGGGGGCAGGAGGGACCCCCAGUGCCCAACCCUGCCCGUGCCCCCCUCCCUGGACAUGCAGCAGCUGACGCUGACGCUGCUGGGCCACAUCCUGCCCAACCUGCUGACGGACUCCUCCAAGUGGCACACCCUCAUGGACCCCCCCGGGAAGGCCCUGGCCAAGCUCUCUGUGUGGUGUGCCCUGAGCUCCUACUCCUCCCACAACAAGGGCCAGGCCUCGGCCCGGCAGAAGAAGCGGCACCGGGAGGACAUCGAGGAUUACAUCAGCCUGUUCCCGCUGGACGACACGCAGCCCUCCAAGCUCAUGCGCCUGCUGAGCUCCAACGAGGAGGAUUCCAACAUCCUCUCCAGCCCCAAUCGCUCCAUGAGCAGCUCACUCUCUGCUUCCCAGCUCCACACUGUCAGCAUGAGGGACCCGCUCAACCGCGUGCUGGCAAACCUCUUCCUGCUCAUCUCUUCCAUCCUGGGGGCCAAGACAGCUGGCACCCACACCCAGUUUGUCCAGUGGUUCAUGGAGGAGUGUGUGGAGUGCCUGGAGCAGGGCAGCCGUGGGAGCAUCCUCCAGUUCAUGCCCUUCACCAUGGUUUCGGAGCUGGUGAAGGUGUCCACCAUGUCCAGCCCCAAAAUCGUGCUGGCCAUCACCGACCUCAGCCUGCCCCUGGGCCGCCGCGUCGCUGCCAAGGCCAUUGCUGCGCUGUGAGGGGACAGUGCCUGCCCAGGGCACAUCCCUGAGCAUCCUGGGCACCUCCCUGCCAACCUGGAUGCCUGGGAUGGCUUCUGUCACUGCAGCUUGGCCUCGCCCCGCCCAUGGGCUGCUCCCUCAGUGCCCAGAGCCAUCCCUGUGCUGCCUCGUGAGGGCUUCGAGAAUGAGACGCCCCCAUGAUUUUUUCUAUUCUAUAAAUAAUUCAGUCCUUUUGUAGAACCA